CUUAAAUGCAAAUCUAUUUAUUUGCAUUUACUAAACAAGGUAAACAGUUGAUUUAACAGGUAAAUGUCAAAUCAAAAGCGACAUUUGACCCCUCAAGGUUCAGGUUCAGGGUGCAGAUGAGUCCACAUCCUGUGCAAAGUCUCUUUCAGGUGUUUGUGUAGCUGCUCUGUAACAAUUCAACUGAUCUGCAAAAACUACAGGAAUUAACCUCUAAAAUAUUUACAUAGAAAAUAUUGGAGUGAAAGCAGAAAGUAGCAGAGUAACUGACAGUAAAUGUACUGAGUUACAUUCCUUUCAAAGCUGUGGGGGGGCACCUCAGUUAAAUACACCCCUGCAGCCAAGUGGCAUGUGAGUACUUCCACAGUACUUUGGAGUAUUUGUACCACUCGCGCUUUUACUUCAUGUCUGUGCUGACUUUAUGAGCUCACCGUCAUCACGCGUGGAUUCCUCCUGGUGCUUUCCUCUCCUCCUCCUAGCGGUCACGCGCUUGUGCGUGAACUUGGAGUAUUUUGGGAGGGGGUGGGCCCGGCGUGGAUGACAUCAGCACCCUGCAGGAUAUCUGGCUGCAGCGAGCGGAGGCUUCACUCGGGCUUCGGGAGAACCAGCAGCAGCAUGCCGACCGCGCGUGGAGUCCCGCGCGCCGUGGACCUGGACACGGACUGCGCGGACCCGCCUCUGCGCCGCGCGCGCUCUUACGGUUGCUAAGGUCUUUCUGGAUACCUGCGUGGGGGUGUGGCUCGUGGACAUGGAGCCCUCUUCCCUCCUGGCCGUGUUGGCGCUCGUGCUCUCUGUAGGCUUUGGGACGGAGGAGGGGGCGUGCCAGCACUGCUUCCUGCUGCGGCCGGUCCCCGGGGACGGUCUGCCGGUGGAGGCUCUGCAGGAGGACCCGGACCCGGCGCUGGACCCCACGGAGCGGGACCUGAACGUCACGGAGCUGCGUGGGCUGCUGGGAGCCCGCUUCGACCCGCACUUCAUGUCCGCAUCCCCGCCGCAGGAGCCCCCGGACUCCCCGGGGGUCCCGGAGCCACCGCGCGGCCGGAAGCUGCGCCGCCGGCUGCAACAGUGGCUGUGGGCGCGUGCUGCGUGCCCGGUGCAGCACGCCUGGAGUGACCUGGGCGCGCGCUUCUGGCCGCGCUACGUGAAAGUGGGCAGCUGCUCCAACAAGCGCUCGUGCUCGGUGCCCGAGGGCAUGCUGUGCACGCCCGCCAGAGCCGCGCAUGUGACCCUGCUGCGGUGGCGCUGCCGGCGCAGGAACGCGCUCCGGUGCGCGUGGAUCCCGGUGCAGUACCCACUCAUAUCUGAGUGCAAGUGCGCUUGCCCGAGCUGAGACUCUCCACUCACACCCGCAUCACACUUGUACGUGACAUCAUCACAGGCGUGGACAGCUGAGAACAGACUGGUUUUAUUUAUUCAUCACGGCAUCCUGUAAAAUCACGUGUUUGACUUUGUCUUCUGUUCGAGAAACAAAAAAGUGUCAAAUUUGUUUUUGCAAGAAAUGUAAAAUGUUUUCUGUCACAGCCGCCAAAACCCUGAACGCAGCGCGCGCCUGCGGGUCCACAGACCGGCGCGCGCCUGCAGGUCCACGUGGAGUCAGUCUGCUCAGAAUAAGAUCAAUGCAAAAGAUCCAGAAUCUGUUUUAUGUCCUCAGAAAAGUACAAAUGGGUGGAAACGAGCAGCACCGCAGGAACAUUUGUCACAUUCAGGUGACUUUUUUGUGUUUUUUUCUGCUUGAUUUAAGGUGGAAAUGUUUGUUAAAGGAAAACCUGCAGAUUCCAGCUAAAUGAUGUAACCGAGAAAAUUAUUAUCGUUUAUUAUCAGUGAUUUAUUCUUGUCAUUUCUUUGGAGAAAUAAACACAUUUACCACAAGGUGGCAGCGUUUUAGCAGUUUUAUAUCUGUGUUGUGUUUAAAUGUUUGUGUUUAAUAGAGACGCUGAACGCUUCCUGUUCACGAAACAAUCGCUGAGCAAGACAAGAACGUCGUUUCGGUACGAAUGAGUUAAAACUAACAUGAAUAAUGUGGGAUCGUGUUAUUUAAACCAGAGUUUCCGCUCACAGACAGCAGGGAGGAUGGAGGGGCGGUGGACGGCUCCAGCAGGCUCUCCUCUGCACGUAUCCAGGUGGAGCGCACACCUGUGCCGCUGCUGCUGCUGAACAGCUACAGGUUUUCUUUAUGUUCUUCCUGUAGGUUGAAGAUUAAGAUUGAAAGAUUAAAUUCUAUAAAUCCAGCUGAUUAUUGUCCAUCAGAAAUACGUGCGCGACGUUCUCAUCAGAUUCACGUCACGCAUUCAGCUUCAGUCUGAACCUUUGAUAUAGUUUUAUUGUUUGUUGUCUUUAUGUCCGUUUUCUCUCUAAAAUCCUGAAAAACUUUGAAAAGAUUAGUGAGUGAGGGUGAUGUCAGGAUGCAGUUUGGAAUAAAAAACUUUGUAUUGUUGAAAAACAGCAAAUCCUCAAAAACAAAAGAGCUGAAAGUGUAAAAUGUUUGAGAGCAGGAAGAAGCUUUGAUCCAAACGAUUUAACGCUCAUUUAGUUUCAGUUUAAAACCUGCAGCAGCGGCUCAGAGACGAGAAGCUUCUCUGUGCGGUCGCUGCCACAGACCUGUGUCUGUAAAUCACUGCAAAAUAUUAGAAAACAUCAAGUUUGAGUGGUUUACGUAGCACAAAGACUUUAAACCAAGGAAAUCAGUAAAAAUGUGAGAAACAGCAUCAGUCCAGGAGCUCGCAGAUCACUGAAGAACCUCCCGGACCCACUGACACAAUCAGUGACCCUGAGCUUUGAACCGCGGUAAAGUGAGCCGUCAUUUGUGAGCUGCGGUCAAGCCAGCCGCUUCUUCUCCGCCGCAUAAAUUUCCUUGCGCUUUUACACCAGUCUUUAAGACGCCAAACGUCUUCAAGUAACUUAAAGAAGUCCAGAUGCUUU